UUUCUAUAAAAACGAGAAAAAUCAAAAGCUCUUGAAUCCUUUGCUCUUCUUCGCUGUGUAACUUGCCUUCUUCUUCAUCGCGAUAACUCCUGUUUCUUCUUCUUCUUCUUCUUCUUCUUCUUCUCCAUCCGAAGCUUCUAUCAAUCCUAACCGAAAAAGACGCAGGAGGGAGAGACCAAUCGCCGUUUUUUUCUAAACACUAUCCGAAUCUUGAGAAUUGAAGAUUGGGAACACCGAGUGGACACGGUAGAGAGAGAAGGCUGUGAAUUUUCAAAGCUCUCAGCUUGAAACUAUUCUUCUCUGUUCCUGACUUGGGUUUAAGUCUUUGGGUUGUUCUUCUUCCCGACGACGGUGUGGAGAUUAUAAAGCGAUGAAUCUUUCCACGAGGCUCGCUGAGAAACUUCCUGGAAUCUUACCGGCGCCGUCGUCUCCUAUCCUGCGUAAAGGAGUCUCCGAGUUAAGAUUCUUUUCAAUUGCUAACCAUAGUAGAAGAUUGAGAUGGGGACUACAGAAGAAGAUGGUAUGGAGUUUGGAGAGAGCUGAAACCUGUGUAGUUAGCAAUUCAUGUUUAGUUCAUCCUGCAACUGAAGCCUAUGCACAAGAAGCUAUUGAAGCAAUUAAAUCCGAUAAAGUUAUCGCUGUCCCAACCGAUACUCUUUAUGGCUUCGCUUGUGAUGCUUGUUCUUUAGAAGCGGUUAACCGAAUAUAUGAGAUCAAAGGGCGUAAACUUACAAGCCCUUUAGCCAUAUGCGUUGGUGAUGUAUUCGAUAUCAAGAGAGUUGCUACUACGAAUCACUUACCUCACGGUUUACUUGAUUCUCUCUUGCCCGGUCCAGUCACUCUCGUACUUCAUCGAGGUGAAUCAAGCAUUCUUGAAAAGUCCUUGAACCCGGGGAUUGGUACUAUUGGAAUACGGGUUCCUGAUUGUGAAUUCAUUAGAGAAGUAUUGAGAGGAUCUACAAUUGUCGAUCUGACUAAAGUCGGAAAGUAUAAGAUAAUUAGACCCGGAAGUGCUAAGCAAGCAACAGUGGCAAUCCUUGAGAAGUAUCUGCUGGAAGAAGAAGACUCUUAAGAGAAGAUAUGUGUAGUGUAAUACGAGAAGACUGUUGUGUUUGAGCGCAUGCUAACUCCAAUUUUUGGUGGUACGCUUGUGUAAUAUAGAGGGACUUGGGGGACCGUUUCAUAAUAAUUUACUUGAAGGUUCUUAUUAUUGGUCCAUUUGGAAAAUGAAAUUGUGGAAAAUCUAGUAGUCAGUCUUGUUGUUCUUUUAUCUUUAUCCUCUUCAUUCUUUCUCUAAUUCGACUUUUCAAUUUCAGUAUGAGCUUCUUCUAUCUAGAAGAAACAAGUUAUUUUGAAGAUUUUACUAAAGAUUAAGAACUAUUUAUGGA